UCAGGCUGUAGCUUUCAGCUAUGGUUCCAGCACCAUGCCUACCCUGCCAUGUUCCUUGCCACGAUGAUAAUGUACUAGACCUCUGAAACUCUGUAGCUUUUUGUUACAGAGUCUCUCCAGGAAUCUGGAAUUCACCAACUUGGCGAGACUGAAAGUUUCAGUGAACUCCCAGGCUCCAUCUGUCUCCACUUCCCAGUGGAAGGCUCACAGAUGUGCUACCUCUCCAGAUUUUCACAUGGGUGCUGGAAAACUGAACUAAGACAGACAGACAUGGCCUGGAAACAGACAGCACUCCUGCUUUUGGUCUACAUGGUCACAACAUGCACUGCCCGGGACAGAACAGAGCUGCUCAACGUUUGUAUGGACGCCAAGCACCAUAAGACAAAGCCAGGCCCCGAGGACAAGCUGCAUGACCAGUGUAGUCCAUGGAAGAGAAAUGCCUGCUGCUCAGUCAACACCAGCCAGGAGCUACACAAGGACAACUCCCAUCUCUAUAACUUUAACUGGGAUCACUGUGGCAAGAUGGCGCCUGCCUGCAAACGUCACUUCAUCCAAGACACCUGCCUGUAUGAGUGCUCCCCCAACCUUGGGCCUUGGAUCCAGCAGGUGGACCAGAGCUGGCGUAAAGAGCGUUUCCUGGACGUGCCCUUAUGCAAAGAAGACUGCCAGGAGUGGUGGGAAGACUGUCGGACCUCCUUUACCUGCAAGAGAGACUGGCAUAAAGGCUGGGACUGGACCUCAGGCAUUAACAAGUGCCCAGACCCAGCACCCUGCCGCACGUUCCAGUACUACUUCCCGACACCAACCAGCCUCUGUGAGGGUCUCUGGAGUCACUCCUACAAGGUCAGCAACUACAGCCGAGGGAGUGGCCGCUGCAUCCAGAUGUGGUUCGAUCCAGCCCAAGGCAACCCAAAUGAGGAAGUGGCCAGGUUCUAUGCUUCCUCUAUGACAUCCGGGACUGUGUCCCAUGCAGUAGUACUUCUUGUGCCCAGCCUGGCCCCAGUGCUGUCAUUAUGGCUCCUUGGCUGAGGUCAGGCUUCUCUCUAGAUUUCUCCUUGAUCUACCCUUGGUCUCCGUUCAACUCUUCAAAGAAUAAGGACGUCUUGAGCCUGCUUCCACCCCUCUCCUGAUCCAUGCUUGGGGUUUCUACAACAGUCAUUUUCAAUAAAUCUAUGACACAUCUGGGCUUAA